AAUGUUUUAUUUUUUUAGGCAGCUAAAAUUUCAGUUUCUCUCAUUAAUGCCAGUUGUAAAGAGCGACGUGGAACUACGGUCAUAUUUUGCAAUUUUGUUGGAUUGGAAUUCAAACGAAAUUUACAAAUAACGUUUUUAAUUUUGCAUUUAAAUUCUAUAUUCGUUGUUAAUAAAAGAGAGCAAAAACAGAUUGUUGUUGUAUUCGGAAGAAAGUGAAAUAAAAAAUCCGAAUUUUUAGUUGACCUCAAGUUUGUGUGCAUCAUGUCUUCGAUUGAGUCCAAACGCGUACAGUACCGCAAGUACUUGGAGCGCGCGGGCGUCAUAGACGCGCUCAGUAAGGCGCUAAUUAAACUCUAUGAAGAACAAAAUAAACCAGACGAUGCCAUACGCUUCGUGCGCAAAUUUAUGUGUGAGUCAUGUCCGGACGAUGAUCAAUUCGAUAUGAUGAAAUCAGAUCUCGAGGAAGCCAACAAGACCAUAGCACGAUUGGAGCAAGAGUUGGAACGUCUGCGUAGUCAAAUUAAGAAGACACCCGAGGAGAUUGCUGAGUUAUUGGAAGAAGGCUUCAAGAGUCUCACGGAAGAUGAGGAGUACAAUAGCUCACUCCUACGCAAAUAUUUGACGCGUGAAGUGUUGGACGAGUAUAUGUUGACAACAACUGCACAGCCCACUGAAGCCAAUCUUUUCGAUUGUAUACAAUCGGGUACAACACAUCACGACUCCAGUUGUGGUAUUUAUGCUGCCGAUGCUGAUUCCUAUGAUGUCUUUACUAAACUCUUCGAUCCGGUUAUACGCGACUAUCACAGUCAAUUAGAAAAUGAGAGUGAUAUACUACAGAAGGAAACCGAUUGGGGUAAUGUGGAUGAGAUUGAAAAUUUGGAUCCAGAACGUAAAUAUAUACUGUCGGCCAGAAUUCGUAUAGCGCGUAAUCUUGAAGGUUAUCCGUAUUUCGUGAAAUUGCGCGAGAAACAGUAUAUUGAAAUAGAGGAAAAGGUACGCUCCGCUGCUGAGGGUUUGGAUGGUGAGCUUACAGGCGCUUACUACAGCAUGGGUGAGAUCGAGCCAGAUAUCCAACGUGAAAUGGUCGCACGUCAUAUACUUUUCAAACGUGGCGAUGAAUAUUUAACAACGGCAGGUUGUUAUCGUUUCUGGCCUACCGGUCGUGGUAUAUUCCAUAAUCCAGCCGAAACGUUUUUGAUUUGGGUUAAUGAGGAGGAUCAUUUGCGUAUUAUCUCGAUGGCUAAGUGCGGUGAUUUAGGCGACGUCUAUAAUCGAUUGGUUACGGGCAUAACCGAAUUGGAGAAGACGUUGCAGUUUGCGCGUCAUCCACGCUAUGGCAACUUGACCGCCUGUCCCACCAAUCUUGGCACUACGCUACGCGCUUCAGUACACAUACGCUUGCCGCUGUUGUCAGCGCAGGAUGAUAAGCUCAAAGCCAUUGCGGAAGAGUUGAAUUUGCAAAUACGUGGCACCGGUGGUGAGCAUACACAAAUUGAGGAUGGUGUUAUGGAUAUAUCGAAUAGACGUCGCUUGGGUUUUACCGAAUUCGAGUUGGUUAAAUCGCUGCAGGAGGGCAUAAUCGCAUUAAUUGCGGCCGAGGAAGAGCUUGAAGCUGGCGGCGGUGACGAUUAAGCGCAUUGAAGCACUGUUUGUGUUUCUAAAGCAUAUCUGUGUCGUCCUUUAUAUGCCGAAGCAACAACAGCAGUAAAAUAAAAUUAAUUUUCCAUUAUUUGUAUACAUUAUUUGUUAACGUUUUAGCGCAAUAUUAUGUUAUCCAUUUAAGUUUACCCAUGACUGAAAUCGGAAAUCUCUCAUUAAUAAACUCUGAAAUCAUUUGUUUCUCAAA